GCGCACUAAUGGUGCACCGUAAAUGGAGUCUUAAUCGAUUUGCGGGAUCUUAACAUACUAGAAAUAGACAGUGAUGGGAUCUUGCAGGCCGGUGCUGGAAACACAUGGGGUAAUGUUAUAUACCUUUUUGGAGGAAAAAGGACUUUCGGCAAUAGGCGGGCGCCAAAGUGACGUUGGAAUAUCAGGUUAUCUUCUUGGGGGCGGAAUGCCAGCUUUUCCCAAUCUCCAUGGGCUGGCAGGCUGAUAGUGUGAAAGACUUCGAGACUGUUAUCAAUGCCAAUGCUCGUGAGAAUACGGAUCUGUACCGGGCUUUGAAGGGUGGUGGUUCUAACUUUGGUAUUAAAUUACAAUCCUUCACACCCUAUCUCUGACUACCUACCUUAGGUAGGUGCUAAUAUGAAAUAAUAGGUAUUGUGACAAGAUUCGAUAUACAGACAUACCCUGCUAUAUAUCUCCAAUACAACGUCCUCAUGUAACAUCCUUCGGGAUUCGAAGAGGUACUCCAUGCUACUUCUGAGGCCCAAGAGGCAAUGGAAACGGACCCGAAGCUAGGCAUGUUUGCCAGUGUGAAUGCAACAUUCAUUGCAAUUGGAAUUUAUUAUGCCGACUCAGCGGCAGAACAACCAAAGGCUAUUGAGACUUUCCUUAACUUAAAAAGUAUCAUGCAAGUUCUGGUGCCAACGACUAAAGGUACUAUUAAGUCUUUGGUCGAAGCUAUCGGAAUUUUAGGUCCCUCUACUAGGCGACUUACGGCGACAACUACUACAAAAGUCUCCUGUGACUUCUAUAUACAGGUCCAUAAUCUUUGGCUAGACUCAGCAAGGAGGUACACAAAGACUAGCAAUCUAUGGUAUAAUAUCCAACCUACACCUACAACCGCUGUGCAAAUUGGAGAAGACCAAGGUGGCAAUUCCUUAGGACUCCAAAAGGUUCCUCAGACAUGGUGGUCGUUGGUCGCCGAAUGGUCUGAGGAGUCUGACGAUACGGCAGUAUCCCAUGAGCUGGAAGAAUUUACUGAUGAGGUCUCAAGGCUUGCUAAGGAGCAAGGCCUAUAUCUGGACUUCAAGUUCAUGAAUGAUGCUGAGUUUUCGCAAAAGGUACUCAGUAGCUAUGGCAUGGGAAACAUGAAGCGAUUACAGGAAGCUUCCGCUAAAUACGAUCGUUUCAGAGAUUGCAGAAUGGCGGGUUCCUUCUAAGAAAUCCUUGAAGCAUAAACCGCUUAACUCAAAGAAUCUAUCCCCAAAACGUUACACUUAGCGCCGUGUGCGAACCUGUCAAUAUGCUAAACGCUGCUCCUAUAGACUUAUGGUCCGAAAUAAAAACCUUGUGGCCUCUUCUGGAUAUAACGAUAGGUGAUAUUUACGAGGAUUUCGAUAUAUGUCAUGAGCGAGCACCGGUUUUCAUUGAUAAUAGCUAAUGGAAUCCCCACUCAGUUCUUUUCACAUUUAAGGGGCUCGAACUUAAGCCUUAUUUGGAUUACAUAUUCAAUGGCAGGAUGUGGGGUCGAGGUAGCUAGAUAAUUGCUAGAACUUUAGUGUUGGCGAACCGGAAGCAGUCUUAAACGUCCGCC